UUUUCGUUUUAUGCCCGGCCAUUUCAUUCACAACGCUCGUACACGCUUUUCCAUUUUAUACCUGUGAGCUUUCUGUAUCACGCCUAAUUAAUCUUGCCGUCCUGUACAUGAUAUUUCUUAAGCGUGCAUAAACAUAAACAGCAAGAUUAGCAUAAAAAACAGACUGUUUAAAAACCGAGAAGAGAAAUCUCUUUUACUUACUUCUUAAGAGAAAUGAGUAAAAGAGAAGGAGAAGGAUGUGGGCGAAAAAGGAAGACAGAAUCUGCGCAGAAAACAGAGGAAUAUGUGGAUAGGUCAUCUCCUGUGAUUGAGGCAUUCAAAUUGUUUCAACAAGAACUUGACACCAAGCAUGACAAAUAUGAGCGUCUGGUUAAACUGAGCCGAGACAUUACUAUUGAGAGCAAGAGGACAAUAUUCCUGCUGCACAGAGUAACAAGUGUACCUAACGUUGAAGAGGUUCUAAAUGAGGCAAACAGCAGACUAGAUGCUGUGAGGCAGAAGAUUGGCCAUAUAGCUGAGGAGCUUGGAGAAGAUGAUCUCUAUCAGUUCCACAAAGCCUUCAUGCCAGGUAUUCAGGAGUAUGUAGAGGCAGUGUCCUUCCAUCAUUUCAUUAAGCACCGUACCCUGAUCAGUCUGGAGGAGAUAAAUGCCUGUCUUGUGUUCAUGAGAGACGAGAAGACAAAAACAAAGGUUUGUGGCAGGGGUUUGUGUCCAGGAGCAUGCGUAUUAACAUUCCAAGUUACGCCGACCGACUACCUUCUGGGUGUGGCUGAUUUGACUGGUGAGCUGAUGCGUAUGUGCAUCAGCAGUGUUGGAAAUGGUGAUGUGGAUACACCCUUUGAGCUCAGCAACUUCCUGCGACAGAUCCAUGAUGGCUUUUCUUAUAUUGGUAAUGUGGGUCCAUAUGAGGUCUCUAAAAAGCUGCAUACUCUCCGACAGAGCCUUGGUAAGGUGGAGGAUGCCUGCUAUACACUCAGAGUGCGUGGUUCAGAAAUUCCCAAACAUAUGUUAGCUGAUGUUUUUUCGAACAGGGCAGCAGUGUUGGAGGAAGAUGAAGGAGCAGUAUAGAGGGCCUAUUGCUCUUUUGUCUGAAAUAUGCAUGAUAAUUUGAACUUCAUCUGUUGUUAUUGUUAUAUAAUUAUAUAUUUGUUGCUUUAUGUUAUGAGUAAAAUUUGCCUCUAUAUUUGACUUUAGAGGUCCUUGAUUAGCAUGAUGUAAUUCAAGCAUUAAUCCUGGGUUUCUAGCCUGUCAGAACACAUCGUUGAAAUGUUUUAGUCUACUCCAUGUUAAUAUAUGAAGAGAUGCAAAUAAAGCUCGUUUUUGUUAUUAA